GGUUGGUCGAGGAGCAGGCGGCUCUAGGACCUCGCGUACUCCUGCGGCGCCCAAGAGCAGCUCCUCCUGUGGUUGUUUAUCGGAUCGCGCACAAACACUGACUGCGGGGGAGAGAGCAGUGUGACUGACAGCCGCAGCGCAGGCUCUUCUCGCGACACGGUGCACAGGGUCUCCAUCCUCGCUCCGGUGGUCACUACUUCCCCGCCCUUUCCAGAAUGUUCCUCGCGGACGACGCCGUUUUCCCGCUGCUCUUCGUCCUGCUCCGGGUUCAGCUCGCGGGCUGCGCGUCUCUUUUCCGAGAGUGCGUCCAGUCGAAUGGGGCUGAGUACAGAGGAGAGCAGGAGACGAGCGCCAGUGGACAACCGUGUUUCAACUGGAUGAACGCAACCAGGGACUACAAUGUGUCCGCAAGCCCGGACACGCAGUCUGGUGUCGGGGACCACAGCUACUGCCGCAAUCCGGAUGCCUCGCAGAAGCCCUGGUGCUAUGUGAGCGACCAAGCUGGGGGGGUCCACAGGGAAGAGUGUGCUGUCGAUAUGUGCACGGGCAUAGCGGAAGCCAAGACGCCAGCAGCACCGUCCCUGGGGGAGAAGGAGAUGUUUGAGUCGGCGGAGUCGCUCCCGGCACAGAGCGAUGGUGCCGCUGUGCAGCCUGUCAUCGGGAUCAGCCAGCGUGUCCAUGGUGCUCCCAAGAAGAAAAAAGAUCUCGGGACACUGGGCUAUGUUCUGGGUAUUCUCAUGAUGGCCAUCAUCAUCCUCCUGGGUGUGGGCAUCACCUUUGGCUACUUCUACAAGAGGGGCCGGGACCUGCAACGGCAGCAUGAGCAGCGCGUGUACGAGCGGGAGAUGCAACGGAUCACGUUGCCCCUCUCAGCCUUCUCAAACCCGGCCUGCGAGCUGGCAGAGGAGAGUGCCGUUGUUGUGAGUCCCCGGCAGACCCCGUGUGAGGAGGACGGGGCAGCGGGGGGAGCUGACCCUCUUAUGGGCAGGGCCGGUACUCCUGGAGCAUGAGAUCACGGCGCCGCAGUGAAAAUCUGAAACUGACAGCAACGGGUUGUGGACAAGCAGCAGUUCCCAGAAUUCCCCUAUCUCGGACCUGAGAGCCUUUAUGCUAGAAGGUCUGCUUGAACAUCCCGAUGUGGACUGAGCUGGAACUUGGAGAUGCUUCUGCUCUUUUCGUACUUGUGACACAGACACUCAUGUUUUGAACAUCACAAGAGACACACGUUGAGGGGGGUUCUGUACAAGAGCAGGACACUGAGCUUAAGAAAAGGAAAAAAAAAAAAAAAAAAAACUCUUGUUUCAGUCCCAUGCACAUGAUUAUGGCUCAUAUGUCAUCAUGUUUCAUUGUGCCCUGGAGCCAGAUGGCAGCACUGCUCUGCUCUCGGACUUUUCGGCACUAAAUUUCGGCUACAUCAGGUGCAGGUGUGUGGACAUCAGUUGUCCCAUUUCACUUUUCAGCUGUCGAUAUGGGAGAUGUCGCGCUGCUGAGGGUCGGAAUUCGGGGGUGUUUAGCUGGUGCAUCAGGAGAGGGAAAAAAAAGGCUGAAGCCUUUUUUUUUUUUUUUAAAGUGUUGGAAAAUUACUAUUUAUGCAGUCAGUGCACAGAACAAGAAAACAGUCUUUUAGGGGAAUAAAAUGCUGGUGUCUCAAGGACACAGUUCAGCCGUAACUGCUAUGCCACCUGUAGGCUACAUACUGACAUGUUGAUUCUGGCCCAUUAUUUCCCAGCAUGUAUUGCCUUGCAUUUUGUUGGAAUGUGUUAAGACCCCCCCACAAACACAGUGACCUAUAUUGCUGCAUGGUGCCGUAUGACUGCACAUUGCUGGUUGGCUGCCCCACGGAAAUGCGAAGGCAGGCUGUUCACCUGCAGACCAGCGAGAUGCUGCAGAGACCAAGUCUCAGGUAGCUAUGGAAAUGGGCACAUUGAUGUGCCCUUCCUCUCACUGCAGCAAGUAGGACAUACACCUAUGUAACAGUGGUGAUUGCAGCUGCACUGCUGUUGGGGAACCCACACUAUAAUAAUUAUGCAUAUUCAGUUUAGUGUUUCUUAGGCUACAUCAUGCUGGCAGGGGGCAUUGGGAACAAUCACUCACUGUACUUUUAGAUCAUAAGGAAUGACAUCUCAUGGCUUCGUACACUUUAGUACAUACUGUAUGUCACUGUCAAUUUUUGAGUAGAUAUAGAUGCACACGCAAUAUUUCCACAAUUUACUCCCUCGUCCGAAAUUUUUCAGUAUACAAUUCCUCAAAUCAGUUUUUCUUUAACGGGGGUAGUGGGGGGGGGUGGUUUUUACAUCAAUGCACUGAAUAUUUUUAAGGUGUGUUCUAUUUUUCCAUUUUACAAUUCAGUUACUAUUUUUGUUUAAAAUGCAACAGUUUGUUCU